CUCCAUUUUCACAUGUCUAUUGUGUUAGUACGCCCAUGAAAGGUCCGCGAUUUAGACUAUAGCAGACUUUCAAUAUUUUCACAGCAAGGCGUGUAAGCCGAAGAUACAGUAAUCCUCAACAAUGGAUAAAUUUAGAAUAAUGUUUCAGUUUUUGCAAUCCAACCAAGAAUCCUUCAUGAAUGGUAUAUGUGGUAUCAUGGUUCUUGCCAGUGCGCAACUCUACUCAGCCUUUGAAUUCAGUUGUCCCUGUUUACCAGAAUACAACUUUGCGUACGGAAUCGGAAUACUGGUUGUUCCGCCGAUUUGGUUUUUCUUGCUUGGGUUUGUGCUAAAUAAUAACGUGUCCAUGCUGGCGGAGGAGUGGCGACGACCGAUGGGAAAACGGAGAAAAGACCCCACGGUACUGCGGUACAUGUUCUGCUCCAUCACGCAGCGGUCUUUGAUAGCGCCCGCGGUCUGGAUAUCUGUGACGCUGAUGGACGGGAAAAGUUUCCUGUGUGCCUUCAGCAUCAACUUGGACGUGCAGAAGUUUGGAAAUAAGAGCGAUCACGGGCUUUCGGAUGCCGCGCUCGAAAGGUUACUUGCUAAGAUUCCCUGCAAACACAUCUUUGAUGGGGACGCAGUGGUAUCGCGGGAGGCGGCUUCCAGGUAUAUUCGAUGUAUAUCACAGGCGUUUGGCUGGGCUUUUCUGCUAAUGAUGACUUCGAUGGCAUUCUUGGUGAGGGCGAUCAGACCUUGUUUCACACAAGCCGCUUUUCUUAAAACCAAGUACUGGUCGCACUACAUCGACAUCGAGCGCAAGCUGUUUGACGAGACGUGCACGGAGCACGCGAAGGCGUUCGCCAAGAUCUGCAUACAGCAGUACUUCGAGAGCGUCAGCGGCGAGAUGCACACCUUCCACGGACAGCCUCCCGAUCGAGACGAGGAGGACAAGCCGAAGAGCGACGAGGACAGACUUCUGGGCAUCCGAGUCGAGGGCGAUAUGAACAAAGUCCUCUGGAACUGGCACAGCUGCAAACCAUCGCUCAACCUGAAAAAGGACCCGCCUCGGUAUGAAGAAGCCAACGGACACUUGGACACUUUCGUGAACGGUCAUACACACCAACCUGAAACCCAGUCAAAGAAAGAGUGGGCGACCUACUAUAGUAAUAUUUAAACAACUUAACAAAAAACAUCCAAAUAUAAUAUAUAAAAAUCCACCUUGACAGAAGAAAAUGUUUAUUUUGUGGUACUGUGCAAAAGUCUUUUGCAGUCAAAAGAAAUGUUUAAAGCUAUUUAUCUAAGUAGAAAGUUCACUUUCGCUCAGAACAAAUAAAACACAAUUUAACCUUAGAACAUAUGCAAAUCAAGAGG